UCUUGGGCGUGGUUAUUGUCUCUAAAUGCUGUUUUUUUUGUGGCGAACUUUUGCAGUUGCAUUAGCGUGACGGUUUUAAUAUUGUACAGUACUAAAGAGACUUAGCCUUCUUCUCAGAAGGAAUCAAGCGACAAUGACUUCCACGAAUACGUUUCAGGGACUUGACAGUAGUGCAAAAACAAGUUCAAGGGUUUUGCGGCCUCCCGGAGGUGGCAGCAGUGAUAUAUUUGGCGGCUAUGAGGAAGACACUGGUGCUUCCAGGCGGCCAGAUAAGAUGGCCUCCACUGUUUUUGCACCAGCAGAGGAGCCUCAAGGUGGUCCCAAACGUUCCAACCCCCCAGUUUUCCUCACAGGUGGAAAGAGCAGUGGAAUUUUUGGAGAAGCUGGGGCACCUCCCCCUCAUCAGAAGCCCAUCCCUCCAGGUGGAGUGAAUAGCAACAUCUUUGGUGGACCAGAGUCAGACCAACCCACUGUCAAAAGUCAUCCAAACAAACCAAAGGACAAUAUAGGCGUGGGUGUGGUUGUUGCACCUGAACCACCAGUGACUCAGCCUAAGGAGACAAAAGAAGUGAAGGAGACUCCUCAAGCCACACCCACCAAGGAGGUACCACCAGCUGCACCCACAUCCAAGCAGGAUACUGAGCCGGCCCCCCAACAGCCAACGGAGAAAGACCAUGAGCCACGCCUCGGACCACGCCCGCGCUCACACAACAGAGUGAUUAAUCCCCCCGGUGGAAAAUCCAGUGUGGUCUUUUACUGACCAGUGCCAUUUUCUUUUUCUCCAUCCCCCUCUCAUUCUGUUCUCUCUUACUAAUAUUGCUACCUAACCUUCUUGUUUUAAGACACCUACUUUCAGAAGGUCCAGUGUUCUUGUUUUGCUUCCUUAUUUUAAUUUCUCCACUGCUCUCUCAUUCCUUAACUCUUUGCACUUUCUAACUCAUUCCCAAAAUGCUCGUCCUUUUUAUCUGACGGUUUGAGUAAUUGUUGCGGUCUCAAUCAGUGGAAUUGUUCAUUUCAAUUCAUUCAGACUUGCUGCUUGAUUGUGCUUAAUAAGAAAAUGCUCUCUUAGUUUGAUAAUGUAUAGAAUGCAGAUCUAUGUAAUGUUCAACUAAAACCACUGUCCAUCACCAUGGCAACCUUAAACUCUUUAAACACCUGGUUUAAAUUCACAAAUCUUGAUUAAAAAUAAGAUGAUCAGUCUUGCUGGAGCAUGGGAAACUCGAGUGUAGCAGUGCAUCUUCACGAUGGGGACUGGAAAGCUUUGUUCUAACAUGCCUCUGAAAAUCAGUGAGCAUUCUGUUGGCUUGCAUCCUUGCUGCCAGUGGGCUCAGAGAUGGUCAGGUUCCCUCUGAAUUUCAAAUGGGUGAUUUGUAAUGUCACGAUUCUCAGGGAGCACAAGAAUGGAGGACCUGGUUGGAAACUUUGAUCCUCCAGUAUGUAAGACAACCUCUUAGGAAUGUGCACAAUUGGAGGACGUGCAGCCAAACAAGUGUUCAGUGCAUAAUACCAAAAUGAGUGCACUGCCAUGUUGACAUGGUGCACCCCCCCCCCCCCCCCCCACGACCACCAGAUUGUAAUGCAGUAACAGAACAGGUGCCGACAUACAUGCAACGCUUCAACAAACAUAACUCAAUCUAUCUAUUUUUUGUUUGUUUGCUUCAUUUUCUGCUGUUCAAUCUUCAAGGUAUUUAGGAUGAACUCUGAGAAAUAUGCAUGGAAGUUGGUGCUCUGGGAGUCCUGUUUAGUGCUGAAUGCCAAAGUGUUCAUUUUCACCAUUACUGUAUGAAUCUGGGUUUUUGUUUUUGUUUUGUUUUUUUGUUUUUUUCCUUCCCCUACCUUCAGCUUGACCUUUUUGUUUUAAAUUAAAACGGCAUUUGGGACGCCUAGUAUGACACGUAGAAAGCGUGUUUGCAACCACACUUGCUGGCAGCCACGUGUGAGAAUGUCACAGAAAAUGGUGUUGCAAUAAACAUGUUUUGAUUAUUCAUA